AUGAACACGACUAUAAACUCGAUAAUAGACUCGACAACAGAUUCGACUAAAGACUCUAUGAUAGACUCGACCAAAGACUCAACUAUAGACUCGACAAUAGACAUGACAAUAGACACGUUAAUAGACUCGACUAAAGACACGACUAUAGACUGGGCAAUAAAAUCGACUAAAGACUCAACUAUGGACUCGAUUAUAGUCGCGGCCAUAGACUCGACAACAGACUCGUCUAUGGUCUUGACAACAGACUCGACUAUGGUCUCGACUAUGGACUCGACUAAAGACUCGACUAAAGACACGACUAUAGACACGAAAAUAGACUCGAUUAUGGACUCGGCUAUAGAUUCAACUAUGGAUACGACUAUGAAGACAACUAUAAACUCGACAAUAGAUACGACAACAGACACGACAACAGACUCGACUAAAGACUCGAUAAUAGAGUCGACCAAAGACUCGACUAUGGACUCGAAUAUAGACUCGACAAUAGACAUGACAAUAGACACGACUGAGGACUCGACUAAAGACACGACUAUAGGCUGUGCAAUAGAAUCGACUAAAGACUCAACUAUGGACUCGAUUAAAGGCACGACCAUAGACUCGACAACAAACUCGAUAAUAGACUCGACCAAAGACUCGACUAUGGACUCGACUAUAGACUCGACAAUAGACAUGACAGUAGCUUCGACUAAGGACUCGACUAAAAACACGACUAUAGACUCGACUAUUAAACCGACUAUAGACUCGACUAAAUACUAG